AAGCUGCUGGCUGAGUGCCAGGACCAGCAGUGGUGCCAGUUCUCGGUGCACAGCCAAGUUUUUGGGCCAGACCCGUGCCCCGGGACACACAAGUACCUCAUCGCUUCCUACAAGUGCCGGCCAGGCAACCAUCGGGUCAAGACCGUGUGCGAGAACGACAAGCUGAGGCUGCAGUGCCGACCAAAAUCUAUCCUGGCCAUUUAUUCUGCAAAUUAUGGACGAUUCUCGCGGGGCAAACCGGAGUGCGAUGCCCUGAACACUGGGGGACCCCAGAUAGAGUGCUUGGCUCCAGACGCCCUGCGGAGGGUCUCCAAGAAGUGCCACCGCAAAGGGAACUGCACCGUGGCUGCUGACCAGGCCACCUUCGGGGACCCGUGCCUCCCCGGCACAAAGAAACAGCUGCGAGUCUCCUACACCUGCGUGCCCAAGCAGCUGCUGGAGGAGGUGGGCCCUGACACCUCGGACCCCUUCCUGCUCUCGGACUACAUGCACGGUGGCUGGUACAAAGGGCCCAGGUUCUCCAGGCUCCGGGAAGACCGGAUGAUUUUUACUAGCUCUCUGGCAGCUUUUGCCCACCUUUGGGGUGUCCCAGAGAAAGUUGGCCUCUACUUUCUUUGUGGGGUCUCAGGAGGCCUCAUGCUCCUGCUGUGCAUCAUCAGCCCCAAAACGACCUUCCUCCAGGAGGUGGGGGAGGCUCUCAAAGACCCAGAGCUGGGGAGCAGCUCGGAGCUGAGCAGGACCAAGCUGCGGGACGAGCAGGACGAAGACCUCCCCGACGACAGCUCCUCAGACUCCUCCUUCCGCCGCCUCACCCGCACCUACCGGGCCACCGACAGCAUCUUUGGCCCGGAGCUGACAGCGGCCAUGGAGGGAGCAGUGGAGCACCAGGGCCACGGCAGGGAGGAGAUCUGGAUGCCCAAGGAGUCAAGCCCAUACGCCAUCCACAAGAUCAAAUCGGCCACCAAAUAA